UGGCUGUAGAUUUUGACUUUGUAUUUAAAAAAAAAUUGUUCACGCAGUAUUUUUUUGUGUAUACUUCUCCAAUGAUUCGGCGAAAUAAGUUCUGUUUUCUUUCCUUUUUCAAAAUGAAACUACAUAUACAUCCUGUACUACUCGUCAUUUUAUUAUGAAUUUGUAACAGUGAUUGCCACACGUAAUUGUGGCGAAUGUGGUGAAUUGGGGUGAAGCGUUUUAACGAGUGGCAGAAAUGAGUGCUAUUGAAGAAAAAGUUGUUACCGGAUCUUUGAAGCUGAUUUCCGGGCCCAAUGAGGGGUUAUCUUUUGAAAUGUGUGGUUCAGAGAUGCUACUUGGGCGAAAUACUACUGCACCCAUUUGUCUUUCUCAUCGUAGUGUUUCACGUAAUCACUGCUUUUUUAAAUACACAAAUGAAGGGUGGAGUGUAAGAGAUAAUAAAAGUCAGAACGGAACAUAUGUCAAUGAAAUUAAGAUCGGAGCAGAAGAAUUUCAUCCUAUCAAAGAUGGUGAUUGCAUAUAUUUAGGCAAUCCAAUAGUACCAGAGUGUUUGGCUUUACGGUUCCAGAAACUUGAAUGUGAAAAUUUUCCUGAACAGCAACAGAUUGCAGCACGUUCUCCUGAUAAAACUGAAGAGAUGGACCAGGAGUCAAAAAACGAUAAUGAUCUUAAUGCACCUCUCAAAAAUGACUUGAAAAGACAAUCAGAUGAGAAUCAGCUGCAACAGAAUAAGAAGCACUGCACUGGUGCAGCUCAAGUUAAUGUUAAUGAUACAAAUUUGCCCAGUACUUAUGCAGCAUCUCUUCUUUCUCCCACCAAGAAGUCUCCCCAUAAAAGUGCAUUAGUUAACGGAGUGCACAAUCAGAAGAAUAAAGCAUCGACUCACAAAUUUCUGGAGUUCCUUAAUGAAAUAAAAGCCAAAAGUCCUAUAAAAAGAGAAAAUGUUGAAAUGCCAGAGGAAAUGAUUGACAGCUCCGUAAGUUUAAUUGGGGCUGAAUGUGAAGUAACAGAUAUGGAUUAUUCAUAUAGCCCCUCUGAGGACGUCUACUUGGAUGAAAUAAAUUAUGCUCCUGAAGUCAAACAAGAAGAGCAUAGUUCAGAUUUGUCACAAGACGUGCCAAAAGUGCAAAUACUUCAAGAUAAGGUUUCAUGUUUGGAAGCAGAGCUAGAAAAUGUUAAGAGAGAACUUCUUGAAAAAAAUAAAUUAUUGAAAGCGCAAGCAGAAUCGGAGGAAGAACUUAAAAAUGAGUUUGAAAGUAAGCUGCGAUCUGCCAAAGAGGAUGUGAUUAAGGUUUCCAGAGCAAAAUUACUUGAAGAAUUACAAUGUACUAUUUGUACCGAGUUUCUUCUAAAACCAACUGUCCUUGGUUGUUCUCAUACAUUUUGUGAAUACUGCAUACAUGAGUGGAAAAAAAAGAAACGGCAGUGUCCAGUCUGUAGGAAACCAAUAACCAUUGAAUAUAAUGUUUUACUUAUUGACAAUCUUAUUGAUAAGCUAGCAGAUUCUUAUAUUCCUGAUUUGGCUGAAAAAAGAAAAGAGUUAUUGGAGGCACGAUCAGUAAAAAAAGAAGUUGGAAAGAGAAAAAAGAAGAAUAGCAGAUCAAGUUUAAAUGCUAGGAGAUUGCGAAGUGCAAAUUCAACAACAGCGAGCAGGAGCACGAGUACAAGUGGUGCUUCCAAUUCCGAUAUGAAUGCCUUAUCGUUGCUUGAAGAGAGAGUUGAUAAUCUUCUCAGGAACACACUUUCAGAUUCCCCUUUGGCCGAAAUACCAGAAGUGAUGACUCUGAGUGAUUUCAGUAAUCAAAGUGAUAGUGAUGAUGAAUCUAUGGAUGGCUUAUGGCUACUAUGGUGGUUAUGGAAGAUGUUUUAACUGUGGAAGGAGAGGACAUUGGGCAAAUGGUUGCCCUGAGUUUUAAAAUCCCAUGCCCAAGCAUCUCACC